AACUAACCCGUUCAUUAGUGAUAUAAAACACAACGUUUGAAUAGAUUCAUAUCCACUUCUUCGUCAGAUUUAAGCCGACAAGGGCACAUUUUUUUGGUGCAUAAUCGGUUCAGUAUUUUGCCAAAAUUAUUGCCAUUAUGCAACCAAAAUCACCUGUUUUACUUGUACUAACUUUUGCCAUUUUUCUCUCCGCGAUUAAAUCCGGAUCAUGCCAACAAGCACAAUUUAUAACUUACUGGAACGCACCGGGAUGUACGGGAACUUCCUAUGCGACUACAUCUGUCAGCACGCAGCUGCCACUCUCACCUGGGACACUAAACGUUUCUUAUCGGGUUAAUGGGCUCUGGAAAUCGUACCACUGUCGCAACUCCACCACGUGCCUGGACGCACCCUACAUCGCACACGGGACGAAUUCUACCUGCAUCCCUGUACCCGUCGGGACAAAUAAUACCCGGAUACACGUCACCCGCUACGGCGAUGCCAACCAGGUCGAGGCAAGGAUUGUCUUCUUUCCAGAGGUCGGUUUUACCGGGGAAAGUUUCUCCAGCCUUCCAACCGCCCCACUCAACUCGACGACACGACAGGCGCGGUCGUAUUUUUUCACGGGACCAAAUUCCUGGCAGUAUAGAAGAUCAUACAGCGGUUUUGGCGGGAUUUGUCUGAACGCGACGGAGGAAGUGUACCGCCGCGGGUACGGAUUCACGUACCAGACAAAUGUCGACAUUGAAGUGGGUUGGGCGAAACACGUGUGUACAUUGUUUCCCACGGUACCGACGACCACCACCACGGUACGAGCUACGACGUCGGGAGGAUCGAGCAGUGAUAAGCAUGGAGUUUAUCUUCUAGUUAUCGCGGUGGUUGGACUAGUUCGCAUACAAUUUUGAUAAGGAAACCCGAAUGAGGAAAAAAAUUUGUAAAAUUUAUUUUUUAAAUACAAUGAAAUAUUUUAAAUACGAAAACCCAGAGAAAAUAUAACAAUACAAUUAUAAGUUGUCCAGAAAC